AGGCCAGGUACCCACAAAGACACCUCGGCCCCCCAUUCCGGCCUCCUCCAUUCUCUUGAAAUUACCCAACUUCCCCAGAUCUCUCGGUUCGUUCCCCCUCCAGCUUCUUCUCACUCUUACCCCAAUCCCUCGCAGUCCCACGCGUCUCUCACUGCUUUCGCCCUCUCUCUCCUCUCCUCAAACCAGCGUGUAUAUCCUUUGAAUAGAACCUUGCCCUCUGUAGUCCCGAUUCACCGUCGUCUUCGCACUUGGGAUUCCUUCUCUCCAAAAACCAUCGUCGUCGUUCUCGAAUCCCAACCGCCACCAUGACUGGGAAGCAGCCGCACUCGGAACCCCAGUCCAAGUCGAACAUCCUCCCCCGGAUGACGGUGAAGCCUCCCUUCACUGUUCCCUACCCAGAUGGACCGGAACCGAAGGGCGAGACCCUGCCGCGCCGGCGUCCGGGGACCGUCCCUGAUCUCUACACAAAACCAGGCGCCGACAUCACCACCGUUUACGAGUUGCUCAGGAAGUCCGCCGCCAAGUUUGCCAACUCCAAGUGCGUCGGCUCCCGCAAGCUCGUCGACACCCACGUCGAAACCAAGAUGGUGAAGAAGAUGGUCAACGGCGAAGAGCAGGAGGUGGAGAAGAAGUGGACCUACUUCCAGUUGAGCCCCUACGAAUACAUCACCUACGCCCAGUACGAGGCCCGCACCCUCCAGAUCGGUGCCGGCUUCCGCAAGCUGGGCCUGGUCGCCGGCGACCGCGUCCACGUCUUUGCUGCGACGAGCGCCAAUUGGCUCGCCACAGCCCACGGUGCCACCACCCAGUCUAUGCCGAUUGUUACCGCUUACGAUACUCUGGGCGAAGAAGGUCUGCGAUACUCCAUGGUGGCUACCGCAGCCAAGGCUAUCUUCCUCGACCCUCACCUGAUUCCGACCCUGAUCAACGUUCUUCACGACGCCAAGGACGUCCAGAUUGUCGUCUGGAAUGACCAGCACCAGAUCAACGAAGAGCACGUCUCUCAGCUGAAGACGGCGCACCCCAACGUCAUCAUCCUCAGCUUUGAGGAGCUGCGGAAGCUUGGCGAGGAGAAUCCGGUGGACCCAGUUCCGCCUACGCCCGAGGACCUCUGCUGCAUCAUGUACACUUCCGGGUCGACCGGUACCCCCAAGGGCGUCCCUCUCAAGCACAGGGCAGUCGUUGCUGCGAUUGCCGGUGCUGGCUCCGUUGUCGCACCGCCCAUCGUACCUGGCGAUGGCCUCUUGGCUUUCCUUCCCCUUGCGCACAUCCUCGAGUUCGUCUUCGAAAACGCGGCGCUGUGCUGGGGCGCCACUCUGGGGUACGGAAAUCCCAAGACCCUCUCCGACGCAUCCGUUCGUAACUGCCUGGGUGACAUUCGAGAGUUCAAGCCCUCCAUCAUGGUGGGUGUUCCGGCCGUUUGGGAGUCGGUGAAGAAGGGUAUUAUCACCAAGGUCAACGCCAGCAGCCCUGUUGUCAAGGCUAUGUUCUGGAACGCCAUGAGCCUUAAAUCGACGCUCAUGGCUUCCGGUCUUCCGGGCUCCGGGGUGCUCGAUUCUAUCGUGUUCAAGAAGCUGAAGGACGCCACUGGCGGGCGCCUGAAGCUUUGUAUGAGCGGUGGUGGUCCGUUGGCCAAGGAAACCCAGCACUUUAUUUCCAUGGCGAUCGCGCCCAUGAUUAUCGGCUAUGGUCUCACCGAGACGACGGCUAUGGGUCUCCUGAUGAGCCCGCACGAGUGGACGAACAAGUCCAUGGGCGCCAUGCCCGCCUCCGUGGAGCUCAAGCUGGUCGACUUCCCCGAUGCCGGCUACUUCUCCACCAACAAGCCGUACCCUCAGGGCGAGGUGUGGAUCCGUGGGCCCUCGGUCCUGGAGGAGUACUACCAGAACCCCGAGGAGACCAAGGCGGCCAUCACGGAAGACGGGUGGUUCAAGACGGGCGAUAUUGGCGAGAUCGACCACAACGGCCACUUCCGGUUGAUCGACCGCAAGAAGAACCUGGUCAAGACGCUGAACGGCGAGUACAUCGCCCUCGAGAAGCUCGAGUCGGUCUACCGCGCCGCCCACGUCGUCGCCAACAUUUGCGUGUACGCGGACGCUUCCAAGACGAAGCCCAUCGCCAUCAUUGUGCCGGCGGAGCCCGCUCUCGUCAACCUUGCCAAGUCCAUCGGCGUCAAGGGCGACAGCCUGGACGAGCUCGUCGGCAACAAGCAGCUCAACGCCGCCGUGCUCACCGAGCUGCAGAAUGCUGGUCGCCAGGGCGGCUUGUCCGGUAUUGAAAUCAUCGAAGGCGUCGCUCUCUGCGAUGACGAAUGGACCCCGCAGAAUGGUCUUGUCACUGCCGCUCAGAAGCUGCAGCGGAAGCAGAUUCUCGAGAAGUACAAGGCCCAGGUGGACAAGGCUUAUGGCAUCUCUAGCUGAACGACACCUGUUGUUGCCGACAUGGCGGGCUUUCCUUCUUGACUGAAUCCUCGGUAUAUCUGUUGGUCUGUCUGCCUUGUUGGGUGCCAAGCAGGUAUCGAGAUGUGAUUGAGAGGAGGGAUUCCCUUUCGUUCUCUCCUGUUUGUGCGUACUUUUGGUGUGCGUCGCUUUCAGGUUUGAUAUCCCCGGAGUUUGGUCCAGUUUGCGCGUUAAUCCUCGGGACUUGCGCUACCAUUUUUAUUUUAUUUUAUUUUAUUGGUUUCGUUUAGUGGAGGUGGGCUUUGGAGAGCAACAGAGGGCAGGGUCGUUCCGUUUCUGGUCUUAUGAGAAUCGUCCGUCUAUGCUUGCGUCCGGCUAUCAUCGCCCCUUAUCGUAAUGUAUGCGCGCCAUCUUGAGAUAGUUUUAAAUACCAUUUUCACACGAGAAUUGGACCCCUG